UCACGUUUUUCAAAAAAUGAAGUAAUGUGACAUUUAUUUAAAUUGUUUUAAGAAAAGUUCUACCUACUGGGAAAGAAAUAACUUAUGUGUUUCCUUUCAAAUUCCAUGAAAUCUCCUUUAAAAUUAUUUAAUGUUUAAAGUUUUCUAAUCUAUAGUAUAUCUAUAUCUAUAAUAUACUAUAAUUUCAAUACCAUUUAUUUACAUCUGAAAAAAUCUGAAGAUAAAGACUGGUUUUUGGGAAAAAUAUUUUUUCUCCAGAAAAGGUUAUUUUUAGAAUAUGAAAAUAGUUCUCUUUAGUUUUGAAAUAUGAUGGCUUCAUUAAGAAAUAAAGCUGUUAGAUCUCAGUUGUAUAAAUCAAAAGCCCCAGCUGUAAAACUCAUAGAUGUUACACCAGAUCAUAGAGAAGAAAUCUAUUUUUUAUCUCAAGAUCUAGCAAGAAAAUUAGUUGUUCCCCGAACAGGAAAAAAGCAAUACAAAGCAUUAAUAAAUAAUGAAAAACUUAAUCAGCUUCAAAAGAAUGCCAGCAGAAUCAUUGAAAGUGAAGAUGAAGAAGAUAAAAUAAAUGCAAAAAAUAAGCUUCAAGAGGAACAAGAAGCAAGGAAAGCAGAGUUAGAGGCUUGGGAUGCUGUGCGUAAAAAGAAUGAAAAACUCAGUGAAUUAGAAGAAGAAGCAAAAAAACAAAUGGAAAUUAUGCGAGAAAAAGCCAAUGAAUUAAUAAGAGAACAGAAUGAAGAGAUUAAAGAAAUGAACAAGUUGAUAUUAAACGCAAAAGUUCAAACUAUUAGAGAUGCUCAAGUUGCUGAGAAAAAAGAGAUCAAGAAGAAACUUGCUGAAGCUGAUGUUUUAGCUGAUGAUGCUAUGGAGCAAAAAAGAAGAGAAGGUGUUGUAAAGGACCAAGAAAUAGUUAAGAAAAAACAAGAAGCUUCUCACGAAGCGGCUUUGAAACUCCAGGAGCAAAUAAAAGCAAACAACGAACAAAGACUGAUGGAAGAAGAAAGAAAAAUUAAAGAAGGAGAAGCAUUAUUGCGUAAAUUAAAAAAAGAUCAAAUGCAGGAUUAUCAAGAGAUGAAAAUGCGUCAAUCAAAGAAAAAAGCUAUGUUGGUAGAACUCGUGAAAGAAAAUGAAGAAAAAAGGAGACGUGAUGAGAUCAGAAAAGAGCAAGCUGAGAAGGAAGAUAAAAUCAUAGCAGAAUACCAGAGAUUAAAAGCAGCUCAAGAAGAAGCAAAAGAAGCUUCUGAAAGAAAAGCUAAACAAAAGCGAGAAAUGGAAUUAGCAAAGAUUGGAAAACAACAAGAAAGAGCUGCUGAUAUUAAAGCAGAACAAGAGGCUCUUCGAGCACGUCGAGCUCAAGAAGAAAAAGAGAGAAAAUACAGAAGACGAGAAAAAGAAGCUGCAGUAAAACAGAAGGAAAUGAUAGAAAGCCUAAAAAAAUCCCGUACUGAGCAAAUCAUAUAUCAAGAGAAAUUAAAACAAUUGAAAGCAGCUCAAGAAAUUAAGGAGCUUGAAUUUCUCUUGAAGCAAUUGAAAGAAGAAAAUAAAAGAGUGUGUCGUGAAGACCUUUUUAAAAAAUUGGAAAGAUUAAAACAUUUAGAUGAUUUAAAAAACCAAAUAAAGAGAAAAGAAAUUGAAAAGAUGAAUGAGAAAAAAGAGUUUUACAAAGAAGGUAUACACAUUAGACAAGAAGAAAAGCGCAGAGAAGAAAUGCUAAAUGUGUUAAAGAAAGAAAAAUUGAAUGAAUUAAAGAAACAUGAUGUACCAGAAGCUUAUAUCAACCAUAUAAUGAAAAAAGCACACCUAGAGGAGACUUAAAGGCUUAUAAAAACGGUUUUUUGAGUACAUAUUUUGUAUAGAUUAUUUAUAUUGGAAACUUUUUAAUAAAAUUUAUCAAAAUUGUCAAAUAUGGUAACUAAACUAAAUUUUUUAAGAAAAACUGUUACAAGUUUUAGUUAAGGAAAAUGUAUUACACAAUGUAUUAUUUUAAACUUUUCAAAGAAUAAAUGUUGCUAAAAUUAACCUACAGUAUUAAACAUGUUAAAUGAGUAUUAACUUUUCAAAUUUUAUGUACAAUUUUAACUAAGCUCUGUUGCUUGUACAUGUCUUAACAAAUUGUUUUUUUCUAACGUAACAGUAAGCUCUAAAAUGAAAUUGAUUUUACUAUCAGUUAAUUACAACGCUAUUUACUAUUAAGCUCUAAGGUUACUGAUUUUGGGGCACUAUUCUCUUCGCUACCAUAGCCCUAUGAAAACAAGAUUAACAGUUGAAAUUCCCGAUAUUAAUUUCUUUUUAUAUUUUAAUCUAUUCCAGAGAAAGUCUCCUUGAAAUUUUAUACAUAACUUAUAUAGCAAUAUUUAAUAUUUUUGAUGAGUGAUAUACAUGGAAUUUUUUUUUUCCAAUAUCUUUUCAAAUUUAUUAAAAUUUUCUUUAAAAAGUAACAUAAAAAAGAUAAAAAUUAAGACUUUGUAUCUAUAACAGACCUUAACUAUCAGAUAAGUUUUAGAUUUUAUUGAAAAGAUAAUACUUAUUCACCCUGCAUAAUAAUUGUUCUAUAUUUUUUUCUGCAUAAACAAUUUUUGUUAAUGUUUGGAAAAAAAGUUUAUAUCUAUAUUUGAUUGUUGCCAUGUUUUAUUACACAUGCUCUUUGAGCUGAAAAAGUUUGUGACAACCAUCAUGGCUUACAGUAAGCGAAAAUUAUUAAAGAAAAAUGUAUUUAUAUUAUAUAUAUAUAAAAACUUUAGUGAGAUUUUCUGCCUUGAACUAAUUUGAUUUAUACAUGUAAUGGAACAAUUCUUAAAAAGAUUAAACCUUUUUCAGACAAUUAUUUAGAAGUGAAAAACAAUACUUGUUAUUCAGCUACUAUUGUGCUUAUAGCAAUGCUUACUUUAUUCUUUGGUUGGCUUUCAAAUAUAUAAUUUAUACAUUUGACUAAAUAUUUUAGAAAAAAUCAAUUUAGAAUUUUAUUUUUGCUUUUGAAGAAACAAAUUGAUAUUUCAUUAUAUUAAUUAGUUUUUAACUGAUAUAAAUUUUUUUUUGAAUGCACUCUAUAAGCACUAUUUUUCCAAGCUUUCGAUUUUUAUCAAUGGAUUCAAUAUAAACUGCAGGAAUAGAGUAGUGAAAGAAAGUGCAAAACUCAUCUUGUCUUCUAAAGGCUGAAUAAAUAUUUAUUCUCAUUUUAAGCAACCAUCAUUUAAAAAUAAAAGUUAUUUUUACUAGAAUAAAAUUUUACAAAAAUUAUAUUGAUGUCCACCCUGAAAAUGUAAUCAUUUGUAUACAAAUGAUAAAGUUUUUCAGUUAGCUUGUUCAGUUUUAUUCUAAAGAAUUGUCUAAAAAAAUAAUUUUUUUAAAGGUAUCUUCCAUUAAUGGUAGAAAGCAAGAAAAUUCAUGUACAUUCCUUAAAGAAAUACUCUAAAAUUACCCAACUUUCAAAUUUCGAACUGCAUGUAAAGUAGCUUAUUAAAUUAAGAAAAAAUAUUUUGAAAAUUUAUUACUAUAGAAUUUUAUGCGUUUGCACAGCUAAGAAAUAAAUUUUUAACUUCAAAUUGAAAUCAUGUAAGCAUCUUAUUUUAUUGUAAUUAAGAAGUUUAUUGGAAAUCUGAUUCUCCAGCUCACAUUUUAUCAUUACUGGCACCCUAUGUAUUAGAAGAAACUGAAUGUGUGAAAAGAAUGUAUCAAAAAAGUUUUUAUAAGACAAUCAGUAUUUCUAGAGAACAAAUCAAGUUUGUAAAAUUUUGGAAAUCUAGCACAAUAAAAGAUAAAAAUUUUU